AUGGAUACCAUGCAAAGCAAAAUAGCCGACAUCCUGCACGACGCCAUCAGCACCAAACAGCGGCUGGCCGGCCAUACCGAAAGCAUCGAAUGGUCCGCGCGCCUGCUCAUCGACGCGCUGGCAAAGGGCCAUAAGGUCCUGGUUUGCGGCAACGGCGGUUCCGCCGCCGACGCCCAGCAUAUGGCCGGCGAACUGGUUGGCCGGUUCCAGAAGAACCGGCGCGGGCUGCCAUGCGUGGCGCUGACGACCGACACCUCCAUCCUGACCGCGUGCGCCAACGAUUUCGGUUACGAAGAAGUAUUCGCCAGACAGGUAGAGGCCAUUGGCGCUGCCGAUGAUGUUCUCGUCGGCAUCUCGACGUCGGGCAAUUCAGCGAAUGUCAUCAAGGCUUUCGAGGCCGCCGCCAGCGCCGGGAUGAAGCGAGUGGCCCUGACGGGCAACGACGGUGGUCACGUCGCGCAGAUGGAUGGCGUCCUGAGCAUUGUCGUGCCGUCGUGUUCGACGCAGCGCAUCCAGGAGGGGCACCUCACCAUCAUCCACGUCCUGUGCGAGUUGGUGGAAGACGCCCUGUUCGGAAACUGA